AUGGUUCUUCAUGACGCGUUGCGGAAGAAGGUCAAUGGCGCCCCGGGUGAGAAGAUCAAGCAGCGAUCAUGCAAGUCCAAGCAGUACCUACUCAAGGUCAUGUUCAUGACAGCGGUUGCCCGGCCACGUUGGGACGAAGACAAGAACGAAUGCGUACGGCGCGAUGUUGGCACGCCAAUCAUGAAGACUGUGGCCGUCACGCGCGACACGUACAAGGCAAUGCUGAUCGAUAAUGUCAUUCCAGCGAUUCGAUCCAAGUGGCCUCACGGAGAGUCCAAGAAAGUCAAGAUUUAA